UAUAACUCAAUAAGAGUCACUUUUUGUUGUAAACAUGAAAAUGUUUUUGGCCUUCUUCUUAUGUUUGCUGGCGACUGUCAGUGGCCAAUGGGACACCCACAUGGUGCCAGGGCACAGCACGAUUGUGCACCUUUUUGAGUGGAAAUGGGCUGACAUUGCGAACGAGUGCGAAAAUUUCUUGGGUCCGCAAGGAUUUGGAGGCGUCCAGAUUUCUCCUCCGACGGAAAAUGCAGUGGUUGAACCAAGACCGUGGUGGGAACGCUACCAGCCGAUUUCGUACAAUUUCGUCACCCGAUCCGGAGACGAAGCCGAGUUGGCCGACAUGAUCAGCCGAUGCAACGCAGCCGGCGUUCGAAUUUACCCCGACAUCAUCUUCAACCACAUGACCGGCCCGGCGGAAUUUUUGACCGGCACCGGAGGCAGCACCGCCGAGCCCAAUAACAAGAAUUUCCCAGGCGUGCCCUACAGCGCGAUCGACUUCAACCCUUCCUGCGACAUUACCAACUACGACGAUCCAUACAACGUGCGAGAUUGCGAAUUGGUUGGGCUGAAGGACCUCGCGCAAUCCACGGAUUAUGUGCGCGCGAAAAUCGCGGAAAUGCUGAACAGGUUGAUCGACAUGGGAGUCGCUGGAUUCAGGAUUGAUGCCGCAAAGCACAUGUGGCCUGGAGACAUGCAGGUCAUCCUUGACCAGCUCCACGACCUCAACCCUGACCACGGUUUUAAUCCUGGUUCUCGGGCCUUCAUUGCUCAGGAAGUCAUUGAUUUCGGGGGAGGUGUCGUGAGUCACACCGAUUAUUUGAGCCUGGGAAGGAUCACCGAGUUCAGAUUUAGCCAGGAAAUCGGCCGGGCCUUCCGAGGACUGAACGAACUCAAGUGGCUGGUGUCGUGGGGCGAGGGUUGGGGCUUCAUGGCGUCCGGCAGUGCCCUGGCCUUUGUGGACAACCACGACAACCAGCGCGGAGGUGGCGACAUCCUCACCUACAAGCAGCCCAAGAACUACAAGAUGGCGACGGCCUUCAACCUGGCGCACACCUACGGCACCCCCAGGAUCAUGUCCAGCUUCGACUUUGACUUCUCGGACCAGGGCCCGCCGGCCGACGCGUCCGGCAACACCGUCGGCCCGGGCUUCAACGCGGACGGCACGUGCACCAACGGGUGGGUGUGUGAGCACCGCUGGCGUCAGAUCUACAACAUGGUCGGCUUCAAGAACGCCGUCGAGGGCGAGACCCUCAACGACUGGUGGGACAACGGCAGCAACCAGAUCGCCUUCUGCAGAGGCAAUCGCGGCUUCAUCGCGUUCAACAACGAGUUCGGAACCGAUUUGGUCGAGAAUCUUCAGACUUGCCUUCCUGCUGGCACAUACUGCGACGUAAUUUCUGGUGAUCUUGAGGGUGGCGUUUGCACAGGAAAAAGCGUGGGGGUUGGAAAUGAUGGCGUGGCUAUGAUUCUGAUUGGAAAUGAUGAAUUGGACGGCGUUCUUGCCAUUCACGUUAACGCAAAACUGUGAUACUAAGGCUGAUUGACCAGGGCUGAGUGGUAUUAUUGGUAAAUAAAAAAUGUGAAAAAUUCAAAGUAAUGACAAUUUUGAUUAUUUUCAUGUUUAAAAAUAAAAUACAUUUUAUUGAUUAAAAUUGAA